CGGCAGCGGAAAUCCGGUCCUCCGUGUCGCCGAGUCUCCGCGUGGAGUUCGCCGGCAGCAUGGCGCACUACAACUUCAAGAAGAUUACGGUGGUGCCGUCCGCCAAGGACUUCAUCGACCUCACAUUGUCAAAGACUCAACGGAAGACUCCAACAGUUAUUCAUAAACAUUACCAAAUCCAUCGCAUAAGACAUUUUUAUAUGAGAAAAGUCAAAUUUACUCAACAGAACUACCAUGACAGAUUAUCACAGAUUCUAACGGAUUUCCCCAAAUUGGAUGACAUCCAUCCAUUUUACGCAGAUUUGAUGAACAUUCUCUAUGAUAAGGAUCAUUACAAGUUGGCUCUGGGACAAAUAAAUAUUGCCAAAAAUUUAGUAGACAAUGUUGCUAAAGAUUACGUGCGGCUCAUGAAAUAUGGUGACUCUCUAUACCGCUGCAAGCAACUGAAGCGUGCUGCCCUGGGGCGAAUGUGCACUAUUAUCAAGAGACAGAAACAGAGUUUGGAAUAUUUGGAACAAGUACGCCAGCAUUUAUCCCGCUUGCCAACGAUUGAUCCAAAUACAAGGACUCUGCUUUUGUGUGGGUACCCUAAUGUUGGGAAGUCCAGCUUCAUCAAUAAGGUUACGAGAGCAGAUGUGGAUGUUCAGCCUUAUGCAUUUACCACCAAGUCUCUGUUUGUUGGGCACAUGGAUUAUAAGUAUCUUCGUUGGCAGGUAGUAGAUACUCCAGGCAUUUUGGAUCAUCCUCUGGAGGAUCGGAACACCAUCGAAAUGCAGGCUAUCACAGCUUUGGCCCACCUCCGAGCUGCGGUCCUGUAUGUGAUGGAUUUGUCUGAGCAGUGUGGACAUGGUUUAAAGGAGCAAGUAGAACUCUUCCAGAAUAUCAGACCUCUCUUUGUCAACAAACCUCUUAUAGUUGUAGCGAACAAGUGUGACGUGAGGCGAAUAGCUGAACUUUCUGAAGAUGAUCAGAAAAUAUUUAUAGAUUUGAAGGCUGAAGGAUUCCCUGUAAUUGAGACCAGCACCCUGACUGAGGAAGGUGUUAUUCAAGUUAAGACAGAGGCUUGUGAUAGACUAUUAGCUCAUCGGGUGGAAACCAAAAUGAAAGGAAAUAAAGUGAAUGAGGUGCUGAACAGAUUGCAUUUAGCGCUACCAAACAAGAGAGAUGAUAAGGAGAGGCCUCCUUUCAUCCCAGAAGGAGUAGUCGCUCGAAGGAAGAGAAUGGAAGUUGAGGAGCCCAAGAAGAAAAGGGAACGAGAUCUUGAGCUGGAAAUGGGAGAUGAUUAUAUUUUAGAUCUUCAAAAAUACUGGGAUUUAAUGAAUUCAUCUGAGAAGUAUGAUAAAAUACCAGAGAUCUGGGAAGGACACAAUGUUGCUGAUUAUAUUGAUCCUGCAAUCAUGAAGAAACUGGAAGAGUUAGAAAAGGAAGAAGAACUAAAAACAGCUGCUGGAGAGUAUGACAGUGAGUCUGAAAGUGAAGAUGAGGAAAUGAUGGAAAUCCGAGAAUUGGCAAAACAAAUUAGAGAAAAAAAGAAGUUGAAAAUUCUGCAAUCCAAAGAAAAGAAUACACAGGGACCCAGGAUGCCUCGAACUGCUAAGAAGGUUCAGCGGGCAGACUUGGAGAAUGAGAUGCGUGGACUUGGUGUUGACAUGGACAAUAAGGAAGAUGCCCAUUAUGCAGUUCAAGCACGAAGAUCUCGGAGCGUCACUAGGAAAAGAAAGCGGGAGGAAUCCCUUCCACCUUCUUCUAUAUCCCGGAGUCGAAGUUGUUCUCGAACUCCACGUGAUGUCUCUGGUCUUCGAGAUGUCAAGAUGGUUAAGAAAGCCAAGACUAUGAUGAAGAAUGCUCAGAAGAAGAUGAAUCGCUUGGGGAAGAAAGGAGAAGCAGAUAGACAUGUAUUUGAUAUGAAACCCAAGCACUUACUCUCAGGGAAGAGGAAAGCUGGUAAAAAAGACAGGAGAUAGUGUCCUUUUUGGUUUACAUCGUUCGGCUAGACUAUUGUAGUCUUUUUAUAAAAUGGGAAUGGUCUAUUAACUGAAACAAACAAUGGAAGUAACAAAAAUGUACUUGUUGCUCUGCUGAAGAGAACUGUAUAUGUGCAGGAAAUUUAUGUCUGCAUAAAUUAUAAAUGUUUGAGAGGGCAGUGUUUCUACAUUUAGUCAAGUGUUUGUUCCUUCCUAUUUGCAGAACUGGAAAGAUAGGUGUGGCUCAGUUGCUUUUGAUGAAGCAAAGGGAAGCUUUGGUUCAUUAUAUGUGAAAAGCAUGGUUUUAUGACAAAAGCUUCUCUGUUGAGUGGGCAUAGGAAGGAGGCUGCCAACUGACAUACUUGGGAGCAAACAUGUUUGUAAGUAUGUCAGACCCUGUGCUUAAAAUACUCUUGUAAGUUAUUUUCUAGACUUCUUGUACAAUAUAUUACUGUAAUCAUCUUCAACUAUUUUAUCCAAAAUAAAUUUCUAGAAGAAAAUAAUUUUGACUUA